UCAAGGGUAACGCAAGAUGGCGGCGCCCAUAAGCGGCUAAGGCGCGGAGCGGAGGAUGCUGGCGGUGGCCGGGACUCUUCUGGGGCGGCGGCUGAGGUGGCCGGCACCGGCCCGCGAGCACUGGAGAGCGGCCGGGAGCUCACGGAGCCGGCGUGAGGCGGCCGAGGCAGAGGCGGACGCUCCGGUGUUCCAGUAUGUGGGCGAGCGCGCGGUCCGCGCCGAUCGGGUCUUCGUAUGGGGCUUCAGCUUCUCGGGGGCUCUCGGAGUGCCCAGCUUCGUGGUGCCGGCCUCGGGGCCCGGACCCCGCGCUGGGCUGCGGUCCCGACGGAGAAUCCAGCCGGUACCUUACCGCCUGGAGCUGGACCAUAAGAUUUCCUCUGCUGCCUGUGGCUAUGGAUUCACACUGCUGUCCUCCAAAACCAAGGACAUUACGAAAGUUUGGGGCAUGGGACUCAACAAAGAUUCUCAAAUUGGAUUCCACAGAAGCCGGAAGGAUAAAACCAGGGGCUAUGAGUACGUUUUGGAGCCCUCGCCUGUCCCACUGCCCCUCGACAGACCUCAGGAGACAAAGGUGUUGCAGGUGUCCUGCGGCCGAGCACACUCCCUUAUCCUGACAGACCAAGAAGGUGUCUUCAGCAUGGGGAACAAUUCCCACGGGCAGUGUGGACGGAAGGUGGUGGAGGACGAAGUGUACAGUGAGAGUCACAAAGUGCACAGGAUGCAGGACUUUGAUGGACAGGUGGUUCAGGUUGUCUGUGGUCAGGACCACAGCCUGUUCCUCACAAACAAAGGGGAAGUCUAUUCUUGUGGAUGGGGUGCCGAUGGACAGACAGGCCUGGGUCACUACAACAUCACCAGCACACCCACCAAGCUGGGCGGAGACCUUGCUGGGGUGACGGUUGUUCAGGUUGCCACCUACGGUGAUUGCUGCUUGGCUGUGUCCUCAGAUGGAGGUGUCUUUGGCUGGGGAAAUUCUGAGUACCUGCAGCUGGCCUCGGUCACAGACUCCACUCAGGUUAAUGUCCCUCGGUGCCUGCCUUUCUCUGAAGUAGGCAAGGUGAAGCAGGUGGCUUGUGGUGGCACAGGCUGUGCUGUAUUGAAUGGUGAGAGCUACUUCUUGCAUCUCUUUGAGAAGCACUGGACAGAUGAGAUGGAAGAAGGACAUAUCUUCGUCUGGGGCUACGGAAUUCUUGGGAAAGGACCAAACCUCUUGGAAACGGCUCUUCCAGAAAUGAUUCCACCUACGCUCUUUGGCUUGACGGAGUUCAACCCCGACGUACAGGUUUCCCAGAUCCGAUGCGGCCUUAGCCAUUUUGCCGCAGUUACCAAUAAGGGGGAACUGUUCGUGUGGGGCAAGAAUAUCCGAGGGUGCUUGGGAAUCGGACGCCUUGAAGACCAGUACUUCCCAUGGAGGGUGACGAUGCCCGGUCAGCCUGUGGACGUGGCAUGUGGUGUGGAUCACAUGGUAACUCUGGCCAAGUCAUUCAUCUAAUCUCCUUCCGGGCCCAUCCCAGGCAGGCCCCAGCGUCUGAACUAUACCGACAGCAACAGCUUGACAGAGGCAGGGUGUGGCCACCAGCAGAGCUUCUGAGGAUGCUGGGAGAGGGCCAGGGCCUGUGUGAGCAGGAGGCUUACUCUGUGUCCAGUGGGGACAUAAUAGGAGUCUGUGGACAAGACCUUUCCCUGCUGUUGAGGCUCCUGGCCUGGUGUGCUCCUGAGGAGUACCAGGGCAUAUGGCCCUAGGAUGGCAGGCUCAUGUCCUUUCCAGGUAAUACGUGGUGCCAUCUGGGAAUGCAUCUUGCCAGAGACACUUUUCUUAGGGGAAGUUCGUUAUUCAUGGCACACUGGAGACAUGACGAGGCAUUCAGGAGAAUCCGUAGUCCCUUGUCACAAAAGGACACGCUUGGGCCUCUGGCUGGCCCAGCUCAGCAGGAGAGCCAGCUAACUUCAGCUAGGGCCUCUCUGAUCAGCUGCCACUCAGGACACCGUCCAGGAGCCCAGAAUGCGUUGGCUUGAGACUCUUUAUGGAGUAGCUAGUGUGAGCCAGCCUCCCGCCACGGUCUACAGUAUCCCAGCCUUGGAGCCGUCUCUCUGCCUGGCUCUGAACAGUCCAGAAGCCCCUGAACAAGCUGCAAGCCAAAUGCUUGUGGGCUGAGGGCUGUGGAAUCUUGGCUGGAGGGCCAGCCUUGGAGUAGGAAGCAUCACAAAAUGGGAAAAUACUUGUUUUUAAGAAAACUUGCCUUUUCAGAACAGUGUUUGAAAAGUUCUUUUAGAAUAAAGUCUAUUUUCUGCCUUUUUAAAAA